AUGGACUCUUCUUCAUUGUCUCCAACUCCAUUCGAUCACCAAAAGACCCCAAUCGCAGAGCCAAAGAAGAGCUUCAUAACCUCACUCAUCACCCUCCGUUCAAAUCGUUUCAAAGAAGACACUUACUUCGUCUCCGAACUCAAACCCUCCGAGCAGAAAUCUCUCCAGGAGCUUAAAACCAAACUCGCAGCUUCAUCCUUCGGUGCCUCUUCAAUGUGGGGAGUCCAACUCCUCGGUGGAGACGACAAAGCCGACGUCAUCCUCCUCAAGUUCCUCAGAGCCAGAGACUUCAAAGUGAGCGACUCGCUGAGGAUGCUUGAGAAGUGUUUGGAGUGGAGAGAAGAGUUCAAGGCAGAGAAACUGACGGAAGAAGAUCUGGGUUUCAAGGAUUUGGAAGGUACGGUCGCUUACAUGAGAGGAUACGACAAAGAAGGACACCCUGUGUGUUACAAUGCGUACGGUGUGUUUAAAGAGAGAGACAUGUACGAGAGAGUGUUUGGCGACGAAGAGAAACUCAACAAGUUUCUUAGAUGGAGAGUUCAGGUUCUUGAGAGAGGUGUCAAGAUGCUUCAUUUCAAACCUGGUGGUGUUAACUCCAUUAUUCAAGUUACGGAUCUUAAGGAUAUGCCUAAGCGAGAGCUUAGAGUUGCUUCAAACCAGAUCCUCUCUCUGUUCCAAGAUAAUUACCCUGAGAUGGUUGCUACUAAGAUAUUCAUCAAUGUGCCUUGGUACUUCAGUGUCAUCUACUCAAUGUUCAGCCCUUUCUUGACACACAGAACAAAGAGCAAGUUUGUUAUGUCCAAAGAAGGAAAUGCAGCUGAAACACUCUACAAGUACAUAAGGCCGGAAGAUAUUCCGGUGCAAUACGGCGGUCUUAGCCGUCCUACUGAUUCGCAAAACGGACCGCCAAAACCUGCGUCUGAGUUCUCCAUCAAGGGCGGUGAGAAAGUUAACAUUCAGAUCGAAGGCAUUGAGGGUGGAGCAACGAUAACGUGGGAUAUAGUAGUUGGAGGAUGGGACUUAGAGUACACUGCAGAGUUUGUGCCAAACGCUGAAGACAGUUACGCGAUUGUGGUGGAGAAACCGAGGAAGAUGAAAGCUACAGAUGAAGCUGUUUGCAACUCAUUCACGACAGGAGAAGCUGGGAAACUCAUUCUCUCUGUUGACAACACUUUGUCUCGCAAGAAGAAAGUCGCUGCUUAUCGUUACACUGUCCGGAAAUCUACCACAGUCGUCUAA